AACUUUGCGGGUAACUGCGUUGCACGGCUCAGCUGUGCUUCAAUGAGAAACCAAACAGGGGAAACGCGUUUCCAAUGCGGUGGUUCGGGUUUGGUUUCAACGCAUUUGGACAGAUAUAUGUCCAUGAUAAAUUAAUUAAAGGAGAGUGUAGCGACGCUGUUAAUGAAAUCAAAGUGAUUAGCCCAACAGAGCUACCCGGUAAUGCGGACUGCUGCUGGGAGACUGAGAGUCAGAUUAGAGCCAGUUGGAGUCGAAGAGCAUAUUUGCAAUUGCAUGGUGACAGCUGUGUGUGGCUGGCAGGUUUCGGGGCAGUCCUCUCCAAUGAGUCCUGUAGCAGCUGUAUGAAGGAGAGCCGUGGCUGUAAGGAUGCCUUCAUCACUGAGUCCUACUUGACCCUCGCUUUCCCAGACAGAAUUGAGUCCUGGGAUCUGCAGAAAGAAGAGGAGACUCCAUCAUGGAGCAUGGAAAUAAAAAAGGAGAGCUCUGGACCCCCUUUGAAUCUCCCAUUGGUCCCUGGGGGUUACAUAGCCACAAAAGCACCCUUCUACCGCUCUUUAUCGCCACACCUGAAAGCCAAGAGUCUGGCACUGAGUGCAGAGCACGCCAUCCUUCUCAGUGCCUCUGGAGCUGUGUACACCUGGGGACUGGGCAGCCAUGGUCAGCUGGGGCAUGGGGGCCUCACCUCUGAGGAGGAGCCCAGGGCAGUGGAGGCACUCUGGGGGAUGCCCAUGAGCUGUGUAGCUACAGGAAGCUGGCACUCUGUCUGCAUUAGUGAUGGAGGUGAUCUAUAUGUGUGGGGCUGGAAUGAAACAGGCCAGCUUGGACUUCCAUCACGAGGUCUGAGGAAAGCACUGCAGCUGCAAUGCAGCCAACAAGCAGUUGCAGUAAGUAGUAAGAACUGCAACACAAACUCUACAGGAACAGGAGCUCCAUGCCAAGAUGGUAGCACUUCUCCUAAAGAGCCACAAGAGGGAGAGAAACUCGACGAGGUAUUCAUAUCGAUCCAGGCAUUUCCGGCUCUGCUGGAUAUCACUCCAUCCUGUGAAAUCAGGACAGUCAGCUGUGGCUCCCGCCACACAGCUGCAGUAACAACAACAGGUGACCUCUACACUUGGGGCUGGGGUGACUACGGCCAACUUGGACACCAGAAUUUAAUCAGUUCGGAUGAACCCCAACGUGUGGAGUUCUUCAGGGAGCGGCAGAUGUGUGUUUUUGAUGUUGUGUGUGGGCCGUGGAACACUUUUGCUGCUGUUAUCAAGGAGGAAGUAGCUUAAAAAUACAUUGAUAAAUGUGGACACUGGACUUUGGACAACAAACCGGGAAAUGAACUUUGACUUUGAAUCAAAUGUAUUUUGUUAUAUAAAAAUAGAAGUUCCUCUCAUUUUUUUCUGUGUAAAAAAGAAACUUUGUUUGAGUAGUAAAUAUUUUUAAUUUUCUGUAUAGAAAUAAAAAUAUCAGAUUUUGUAUUUCACAAACGGUACAUAAAACAGUUAAGGCGGUAAAAUCCAUAGGUUAAUAUAAUUUAAGGCAAAUAUCUAAAAUUGUUCUAAAUGAAAAUUAAACACAAUAUGGGAAUUAAAGAGUGGUGCAUUUCCACAGCCCACUAAAGGUCUUCACAGCACAAUCUUGAAAGAACUGUGGAGAAAUGAAAACAUGAUAGAAGCAGUUAGAGAGAACAAAAUUGUGUUGAGUAAAAUACAUAUCGGUGAUGAGUUAUUAGAUUUCUAGUCACCUGACGAAAUCUGGCGAUCUUGAAAUGACAUGCUGAAACUCUGAGAGGUUCACGGUUCCAUCCUUAUCAAUGUCCGACUCCUCAAGAAUCUGAAAAACGACAAAGGAAACAACGGUUAAAGCCUGCAACAACAUCAGUGUUUCUCCCAACAGCUUUUGAAGAGGAGACGCCUCAAGUGAAACUCACAUUGUUGAUGAGCUGUCUCAUUUCUUCUGUUGUUAGUCUAGUGUCUUCUGUCUCGCCGGUCAGGUGGUUAACCAGCUUCUCGAGAUCGCCGCAAUCGAGAGUUCCAUCGUCGUCAAAGUC